CAGCACGCGUUGCGCGCACGACGCGAGUCGCGCGACCUAGCCUAAUCCGCGUGGGGCGCUUAUCUCGAGCGUACUAACCUCAAAGCCGCGAGGGGGGAAACAGGAGAAGAAAGAGUAUAGCGGGAGGUGGAGCAAAGGCGGUGAAGGAGGAGGAGGAGAAYUACCUGGAGGAUUCGCUGGCCUCCUGUCGUCGUGUUGAAUACGCCCGUGGAAUCCUUUCUCGAUCACGUGAGAGAAAGAGAGAAAGAGAGAUAGAGAGAAAUAAAAAGAUAAAAAGAGGACGAACGAGAGAGUUGGAGCCCUUGGCUAUAGAACGGAAGAGCAAUAACUUAAUCGUCGCCACGUGUCGUCCAAUCUUCUGUCUUUUUUCUUCUUAUUAUUCUUAUUCUUGUUGUUUUAUUCUUAGACUUUUUUAAGUUGUCCUCUUAAUAAUAUUGUUAAUUAACAAAGGAAGACUAACGCAGAAGGACUUUUGGAAGAGAGGAAGAGGUGACGGUCGUUGGGAGAUGAUGGGGUGGUGGGGAUACGAUCUCGUGAGACAAUCGUUGAUCGAAAGUAAUCCGCCAUGUCAGGGGGACACCAUAAUAUCGUUGACAAGAAGCCUACGAUAAUCGUUUAAGGCGUUUGAUGAUUUUUUGAGAAUCGAUCGAUAGGAUCGCAUCGCGUAACGUUACUUGUUACGUUUCAUUGCUCCGUUACGAUUUAUACGUUCGUUCGUUCGUUCGUUCGUUCGUACGUACGGUUGUUUGUUUGUUUGUUUGUUUGUUCGGUAAAAAAGUAUAGACGCCGGUAAGUUAGUUCGUUCCUUCGUUCCUUCGUUUAUUCGUUCGUUCGUUCGUUCGUUCGUCGUUCGAGCCGAAGGAAAAGCCGAGUGUUCGCGAUACAUUCGUUCAUUCGUCGUUUGUUCGUUCGUACGGUCGUUCGUUCGUUCCUUCGUUCGUUUGUUUCUUCGUUAAUUUUCGAUUUCGUGCCGCGAUAAUCGAAAAAGUGUAAAACGUGAUAAACAUAAACGUUAAAUAAUAAAAAGAAACAUUGAAAAAGGAUUUAAUCCUCCUCAUAAGAUCGAAUAGAAAAGUGUUGUUUUGUUCAAUCUUCCUGUGAAUGGAUGGCGAACAUAGGUGUUGAAGAAACAACGAGGAUCGUACGAUGAGCGACGGUAUUGCCGGUGCGAUCGCGAUCAGUUUGUUCGGAGACGAGAAGAAGAGGAGGGACAGCAUGGACACUGCAGGUUAUUCGGCUCUUUCCAAUGACGACGUUUGCAGAAUGUUCGAUCAGUAUUCCUAUAAGAGAAACGACAAUCUCAAUUUGUCCUUGAACGACGGUUACAAUAUGGCUGACCAGACAUUUCACACGCCAAGUUUUGGAGAUGAGGUUUUUGAUAUACCACCUAUACACCCUCAUCCACAUCAACAACAUCAACCGCAACAACAGCAACAACAGCAGCCUCAACAACAACAGCCUCAACAUCAUCAACAACAUGAUCCUAUGCAUGGAUAUCAAUCACAGAUGAUACAGUCCGCUGGAAUGCAGCAAUCUCCGGAUGGCCUCAGUCUUGAUCCCGGUGGGUACCAACAACAAAUGUACCUGCAACAGGAACACUCGAUGCAAGCCAUCAAUGUCAGUUCAGCGUAUAGCAGUCCUCAAGGAUCAUAUACGACUAUGAGUUCACCACGUCAACAGCAUAGCAAUUUGUUGUUACUUCAACAACAACAACAGCAACAACAACAACAGCAACAACAACAUCAACAACAACAACAGCAUCAACAACAACAACAACAUCAACAACAAGUGCAACUACAACAUAUGCAAUAUAUGCAUUCUCAGCAACAACAACAACAACAACAGCAACAACAGCAGCAACAACAACUUCAACAAUUACAAUAUAGGAGCCCAACUGGUGGUAGUCCACCUGCUAUUCAAUCUAACAUACCUGAAAAUAAUAAUACUACCACUAGUGAAGAUAGUGAUGACAGUACACCUCAUUCAGGAACUAUCGCUGGAAUUAAACGACCGUCACCUGAACCGACAGAUGUGGGAGCUAAAAAUCAGAGGAAAACUAAAUCACAAAAGAAGAAGAAGAAGAGAGACCCUAACGAACCCCAAAAACCAGUCUCAGCGUACGCUUUAUUCUUCCGAGAUACACAAGCAGCCAUUAAAGGACAAAAUCCUAAUGCGAGUUUUGGCGAAAUUUCGAAAAUAGUUGCAUCAAUGUGGGAUGCUUUGGAAAUCGAGCAUAAGAACGUUUAUAAGAAAAAGACUGAAGCAGCAAAGAAGGAAUAUUUGAAGGCUUUAGCAGCGUAUAGGGCUUCUUUGGUUAGUAAAGGAGCUGCUGAGAAUGAACAACAACAGCAGCAACAGCAUCAGCAACAACAACAACAACAGCAUCAACAACAACAACAACAACAACAACAGCAGCAGCAACAACAGCAACAACAACAGCAACAACAACAGCCGCAAGUGCAAUACACCGGAUAUCCUAAUUACGGCGGAAAUGGUGCACCAGGAAAUGUUGCAUAUGAAGUUUACAGUCCGCAACCGCAACCAUCAUCACCUCAACAACAACAUCAACAACAUCAGCAUCAACAGCAUCAACAUCAGCAGCAACAUCAGCAGCAACAGCAGCAACAACAGAUGGCCAUUAAGAAGUCACCGCAUCAUCUUACGAUGCAGGGUAAUCCUCAACAGCAGGCACAACAGGGAUUAUUGGGCAAUGCCAUGGCAUCGGCGCAUAUGACACAACAACACAUGCAGCAACAGGUGUCACAGCAGCAAUACAUGCAGGUGCCACAGCAACAAGUACAGGUACAAGUACCUCAACAACAACAAAUGAUUCAUAUGAGCCCUCCUAGAGGAGAUUCACUUUCAAGCCCACCUCCGGUAAGUGGUUCGCAAGCUGCCAUGGUAGGACAAAGACAACCAACAAAUGCAUGUAUCCGUCAUGGAUGUCCAAAUCCUGCAGUAGCCAAUAGCGAAUGGGAAGAUGAGUAUUGCAGUAAUGAGUGCGUGGUCAGCCACUGCAGGUUUGUAGAUGUCUUCACCACGUGGGUAUCGUCGAAUCAAAAUCCUCAGCAGAAUUUCUCCACUGUGAAAUAAGUGUUUACGCAAAAUGAUGUCGAACUACGUCGUUAAACAAAAAUUACAUAAAGGUUUUUGCCAAUGCGAGGAAACCUGUUGUUAACAGUAAGAUAUCUAAACUAAAAUGUGUAUAUAUAGAGGCCACAGCGGAAUGACAAACAAAAAACAAAAAAAAAAACAAAAGAAAAAAAACAAAGGGAAAAGUCAGCGCUAAAAUACUAUCAUAAAAUACAGUAAGGACUAUAAAAUGAAAUAAAACUCAAAAAACAAUCUCACGAACUAUUGUAUGCGUAAAGAAAUAAUAUAGCAUCAGGAAAAAGCGAAUAAUCACAUAAAGAUAUACCUACACAUACAUAUAGACAUACAUACAUACCUACAUAAAUACAUUUUAAAUCAGAUAGAAAAAAAUACAAAUGUAUUUAUGUUACACUUUGUAGAACGGACAGAUACAUACUUGUAAAUUAAGAAGCCUUAUUUACAAUAAUCCAUUUUACUCUGGUCAAAAAGUGUCUAUCUACAAAGCUCGGGGCAUAUACUACUACUAUUAGAAAAUGAGAGAGCAGGAUUAAGUAACCAGAAUGAGAAAAGAACUAAAGAAGAAGAAGAAGAAGAAGAAGACUUUGCAACAAUUUUCCUUUUUCAUAGGAUUGCAAUAAUAAACUAACUACUUCUUUGUUGAUAGACGAUACGAGGCGUGCCAAUUGUACAGUUAAUACAACAAACAGUACGUUCGUUCUUUUUAAAGUCCCGAAUUAAUAAUAGAUGAAAAAACAAUUUUUCACACUAAUGAUCCAUUGAUAUGAUUCUUAGAUCAUUUUUAUUGGGAAUCCAUUUUAAAAAGGACACACGACACGAAAAUAAUGAAAUAAAAAUUCAAAUCGUCCUUAUUGUACGAAUUUACAUCCAUAAUAAUAAUAAUAAUAAUAAUAAUAAUAAUAUGAUAAUGAAGAUUUUGAAAGAAUUAUAAAAUGAGACAGUGGAUGAGAGAACAUUAUAGUCGUACCAUUUUAACGGGGUAAAUGAGAAAUACAGAGAAAGAGGAGAAGAGGUAUUAUAAUUGCAUGUAAAUAAUAAUAAUAAUAAUAAUAAUAAUUUACAAUUAAAUAUUAUCCCAUUUAUAAUAAAAAUAGUGAGAAGAAUAAGAAGAUGAAUAGAAAAAGAGAGGAUGGAAGUAAGAUACGGCGAGAUAGAAUGGGAGGGAGGAGCAGUUUAAGAAUUAAGAAAAUAAUAAUAAGAACAAAAAAUCAAUCAUGUCUGUAUAGUAAA